UGACUGGGGCGGCUGAGGUUCCGAGCCUGCUGGUCUGAUACAGAUAAGCUGAACAUUGCCACAUUCUCUGUCUGAAAGCCCUCCGACUUUACGUGGCUUUUCCUUAAUCUUCUUAUACCCACCAACCGAAAUCAGACGCGUGCUGACUCAAUGUUUAGGGCCAGGUUUGUCAACGUAGUCUUUCUCUUCAUUUCACAAUUUGAAAAACCUACCCUGGUGAAUUUCCGCCAAUUCAGGAAGUAAGAAUAACUGAAAGAAAAAAAAAAAAAAAAAGAAAAGCCUGACGGGCUAAAGAACAGCCAGCAGCAGAGAAAGAGGAGCUGCAAGAUCCCAGCCAAUGUGCUUCAUUUGACUAUUAAGUUUGACUCAAGACGAGAUCUCAAGAUGGAUGACAUUGAAGCGAUGUUUAGCGACUUACUGGGGGAGAUGGACCUCCUGACACAGAGCUUAGGGGUGGAAACCGUCCCACCAGAGGCUCCCCUCCACAAAGAAGUAAACUAUUCAAUUGGAUUUAGAGAUUUAAAUGAGUCACUCAAUGCCCUCGAAGACAAUGACUUAGAUGCAUUAAUGGCCGAUUUGGCAGCAGAGAUCGGAGAACCUCAACAGAGCCAAAAAGGACACAGUAAUGCCUCGGUGCUGUACCAGGACAGCCAAGCUGCUUUGCCCCCACCACCACAGAACUACAGCUUGAGCUACUCAAGUGGGCCCCCGGCUGCCUCUACUCUUCCCCCCACUGCAUACAGCAGCAGCGCCUCACCUGCUCCAUCGUUUCCACCUGCUCCUGCUCCUUCUCCUUCUCCGGCUCCAAUUGUUACUUCAACUCCAGUGCCUUCUCAGCCUUCUAAACCCCUGACAAAGGAAGAAGAAGAGGCCCAGGCAAAAGCUGACAAAAUUAAACUUGCCCUGGAAAAGUUAAAAGAAGCCAAAGUCAAAAAGCUUGUCGUCAAAGUGAUCAUGACAGACAACAGCUCCAAGACCCUGAUGGUGGAUGAAACACAAACUGUCCGUGACAUUCUGGAUAAUCUGUUUGAGAAAACCCACUGUGACUGCAAUGUGGACUGGUGCUUGUACGAGGAAAAUACGUAUCUGCAGAUAGAAAGAAUUUUUGAAGAUCAUGAAAACAUGGUGGAAUGCCUAUCACAGUGGACAAGAGACAGUGAAAACCGAAUUCUUUUCAUAGAACGAAAAGAUAAAUAUGCGGUUUUUAAAAAUCCACAGAAUUUUUACUUCGGCAGGAAAGAAAAAAAGGAAAUGAAAGAGAAAGACAAGGAAUCUUUACUUGAGGAGAACUUCUGCGGAACGUCCAUCAUCGUCCCUGAUUUAGAAGGAGCCCUUUAUUUAAAAGAAGAUGGGAAAAAGUCCUGGAAGCAGCGGUAUUUUCUUCUACGAGCUUCUGGCAUUUAUUAUGUGCCAAAAGGAAAGACAAAGACAUCCCGGGAUCUGGCUUGUUUUGUACAGUUUGACAAUGUGAAUGUUCAUUACGGAACGGACUACAAGAACAAAUACAAAGCACCCACAGAUUAUUGCUUUGUUUUAAAGCAUCCACAGAUACAGAAGGAGUCUAAUUAUAUAAAAUAUUUGUGCUGUGACGAUCGGUGGAGUUUGCAGCUUUGGGUCAUGGGAAUCAGAAUUGCGAAGUAUGGAAAGAUUUUAUAUGACAACUACAGAACAGCUGUGCAGAAAGCAGGCCUGGCAUCCCGAUGGUCUAACCUGGCAAAUGUAGAAGCAAUUGCGUCCGCUCCUAAGACAAAAGCUGCACCCACUCAGGCAAAUGGAUGUCCAGCCCAGGCCACUCCGCCCGUAACAUCUGUCAGCUCAGCCUUCUCAGAUGCUUGGAAGCGGGCUGACAUGUCUAAGGCAAACCCUGCUGUAAGUAAACCUGUGCCGGCGCCACCUGCUCCCACCAUGCAAGAAAUCCUGCCGCCCCCACCACCGGACCCCAUUAUGACUCAACAGGAUUGCUUUCUCCCUCCACCUCCCCCAGUUCCACGACCUCCCCCACCUCCCGAUGAUUUCUCGGAGCCGCCCCCCGAUUUCCUGCCCCCUCCUCCACCUUGCCCCAAUGCACCUCCACCUCCCCACCCCCACUCUUCACCCCUGCCCCUGCGCCAGUCUUGAGAAAAGUGGGCCCCCCACCCCCAAAGAGAACAACGCCUGAGAGGUCAUCGUCAUUGCAUGGAGGGGAGCAACAAGACUUCAUGUCAGAGCUGAUGAAAGCCAUGCAGAAGAAGGGCAGCAAGUAAGAAGACGCAUCGACGGGGAGAAGAAAAAAAAUGGAAUGGUUCACGUCCAGAAGGUUAUGUUGAAAUGUAAAUAGUUUCUUUGGUUUUAACCACAGACAUAUUCAUAUAUAAGGAAUCUGUAGAAACCGUUUGAGACGACUGGCUCAGGUUUUACAAACAUUAAGCAUUUGCCGAUAAUCAUUUCUUUGUUCACGAGAACAGCUUGUAAAUUACGCUUAUUUUUCAGAAUAAAGAGCUUUUUGAAAUGUUGA